CAACGUCAUAUCAGACAUCAAACAUCAGACCUUCACCCAACUCUUCUGGUUUCAAUUGAACAAUAAGUAUCUAGGUAGUGGUGAAACCAGAGAUUCUGCCACAAUGGAUUCGAAUAAAUCUAAGAUUCUGUCUACCGAACCACUGGACGCCUCCGAAGCUCGUUGGACUGGUCUUAUUAAAACAACGUACAUCGAUCCCAAUGGCGUCAAACGAACCUGGGAACAUGCCCGUCGUCCCACCCGUCCGGCCGGCUCCAAGAUCGACGGGGUCGGGAUCGUAGCCAUCCUGCGCAACCGGCCAGGCCAAGGAUCAGACGAACCGACCAUUUUGUUGCAGAAACAAUUCCGGCCUCCGACAACGAGGAUCUGUAUCGAGCACCCUGCAGGUCUUAUUGAUCCGAACGAGACGCCCGAGGAGUGUGCGUUGAGAGAGCUGAAGGAGGAGACGGGAUAUGUCGGGGAGGUGAUUGGUGAUGGGGCGGGCUUUGUGAUGUUCAAUGACCCGGGAUUCUGCGAUACAAACCUUCAGAUGGUGCAUAUCCAAGUGGAUAUGUCUCUGCCUACAAACCAGAACCCUACGCCGCAGUUGGAGGAUAAUGAAUUCAUCGAAUGCUUCGAAGUACCGCUAAAGGACUUGUACACGGAAUGUCUGAGGCUGGAGAAGGAAGGGUAUGGAAUCGAUGCGCGAGUGGGAACGAUGGCGGAAGGGCUGGAAUUGGCAAGAAGAUGGGCGGUGUUCAAAUGAGAGACGUCUGCCCUGUGGGACAUAGAUCCAGGGGUAGGUAUGGAUGAUUUAGGUGCGAUAGUGAUGCUGCUCGGAAUGAUACAGUGUAUCCUUAUUCAUGCGCAGGUAUUAGCAGUGAGCGUGCCUAAACUAGUAGUUGGGGGGAGUGUACUCCAACAACACAAAGAACUUGAAUGAAAAUCAUGAGCAUAAGCAUUGUGUAAUGGUAUGCGCCAUGGUACGGUACGAAUACCAGACACAAAGCAACAUUGGACAAUUGUGAUC